CUGAGGGGCACCAGUGUUGGUGGAGUGGCUGUUUGACAUGAAUUUCCCCAGUCUCACUAGCUGUGGCCUAUAUGUCAGAAAACUGGUGAUCCACUGACUGCUAGAGCUAGGAACAGAGAGCUGGGUCAGUUUGAUCUGGAGGGCUGUUGGGAUGAUGGUGUUGAAAGCCAAACUAAAGUCCACAAACAGGAUCCUCACAAGUCCCUGUUUUGUCCAGAUGUUGCACAAUGAAGUGCAGUCCCAUGUUGACUGCAUCAUCCAUGGACCUGUUUGCUCGGUAAGCAAACUGCAGGGGGUCCAGUGAUGUCCUUCAGACAAGCCAGAAUCAGUUUUUCGAAUGAUUUCCUGAUGACAGACGUUAAUGCCACAGGUCUGUAGUCAUUAUGUCCUGUGAUCUUGGGUUUCUUUGGAACGGGGAUGAUUGUGUUUUAACAUUGCACUUAGGUACUGUGCACAUAGAGGUACUGGCAAAGUGUCGUCUGCAUUAAGUCAGACUGGACACUAGAAUGUACUACAAACUUCAGAAUAAGAAAAUAUUUAGGUGAAUUAUAAUACAUUUUUAUAGUAUCACCUGUAGUAAGUCAUUCUUGUCACUAGGAACCUACUACAAACGUGUGAGUUUUUAAAUUAUUUUUAUAUAUUAAAAGUUAUGAAGGCUAAUUCUUAGACAGAUUUCACCUUUUAAUGCAAUUGGUAAAACUGUCAGAUUGUCCCUUAAGCAUGAUGUUGCUGUUAGUCACAUAAGUUGUGAUGUUAAACAUAGUAAUAUAAUAUAGUUAUGUAAUGAUCCACAAAGAGACAACACUCUAUGCCUCUGAUUUAUUGUUGAUUUUGGCAAAUCUGCUUCUUCUACACAGAAAUGCAUGUUCAGUGAAGCUCCUCCCAAACAAUCACACAUUCAGCAAUAAAUGCUGGAAUAUUCUUGUCAGAGCAUCAAAUCACCAGGAAGAGCUGAAAUCUGCAAAGACUGAGUUUAUUAAAGAGGACAGAGAGAAGAUGAGAGAUCCAGAGCCCUGCAAAAUCAAACGCACUGAAGAACAAACAGAGUUGAUUGAAGACAAUGGGGAGAAAGAGGAAUUGAGUGAAGUUGAGGAGACAAAAAAUGUCAAAAGUGGAGAAAAACCCAAACAGAACAAUUUAAAGAAAAGAAGGGCCAUGAAAUUUUUCACCUGCACUCAGUGUGGAAAGAGAUUCACAUGCAAACUUCAUCUUGAUGUUCACAUGAGAGUUCAUACUGGAGAGAAACCGUUUACUUGUGAUCAGUGUGGGAAGAGUUUCUCAAAAUCAUCAAACCUUAAGGUACACAUGAACAUCCACACUAAAGAGAAACUGUAUGCAUGUGAUCAGUGCGGGAAGAGUUUCUCACAAUCAGCAAACCUUAAGAAACACAUGAUCAUCCACACUGGAGAGAAACUGUAUGCAUGUGAUCAAUGUGGCAAAACGUUUUUAUGGGCUUCAAACCUGACAACACACCUGACAGUUCAUACAGAGGAGAAGCCACAUUCAUGUCAUUUGUGUGGAAAGAGUUUUUCAUUACUACAAAGUUUGAAAAUGCACCAGAAAAUACAUACUGGUGUGAGACAGUACAUGUGCUUUGAGUGUGAAAAGACUUUUAUUUCAGCAAGCAGUUUAAAACUGCACCGGAGGAUACACACUGGAGAGAAACCUUACAAGUGUUCACACUGUGACAAGAGAUUCAAUCAGUUACCGCAUCUGAAAACACAUGAGAGGAUUCACACUAGAGUAAAACCUUAUAUGUGUUCACACUGCAACAAGAGCUUCAAUCAGUCAGCACAUCUGAAAACACAUGAGAGGAUUCAUACUGGAGAUAAACCUUAUAUGUGUUCACACUGUGACAAGAGAUUCAUUCAUACAGGACAUCUGAAAACACAUGAGAGGAUCCACACUGGAGAGAAACCGUAUCACUGCACUGCAUGUGGGAAGUGUUUCAACCAAUCUUCUGCUCUACGCACACAUACAAAAAGAUAUCACAGUAAGUAGAUCAUCUUCAGAUCCAGCACUUUCAGGUCUGAUGAGUGUCCUCACCAAAUGUGACACAAUAAUUCAUCAAGCAAUAAAAUAUAAUCUGGAUGAAUCUGUCAUUACAAGUGACAAGAAAAAGAAACAUUA